AUGGCCUGGUUGGAGGAGUCCCUGGCGCAGGAUGCUCUUGCCGUACCUGCAGCGUUGCUUGCUCCCGAACCUCCCUCGGCUGCUGCUGGCUAUGCUUUGGUGUCCGCUGCUAAUGAUAGCAUAAAGCAAGGUGAGGGCCGUGAGGCUUGUUCGCAGCGGCUACUCAAUGCUGACGUGGCACAUGCUCUGCUAUUCACCACAUCCCCUCUGCCUCACUCGCCCUGCUGCCUGCCUCCUCUUCCCCUUUCUCUUGACAUGCCACCCCUGUCCCGUGCUGCUAAUCCCAGGUCCGCGUGCUCCCCCCUCGCCUCAGCCGUGCUAAUCCCUGUGACCACCGAAGCAGAUUUCUUCAAGCUCAGGCUCUACCCUCCCUCCACCAACCCCCCUCCUUCUUCUCACGCAGCAGGGUCGGCAUGCACCCCCCUGGCCACAGCCGUGGUGAUUCAAGUGACCACCGAAGCAGAUUUCAUCAAGCGCAGGCUCUACCCCCCGUCCACAACAGUAAUAUUAGAGCUUCAGAACCACGUCACUCUCAAGAGAGGGCUGCUGUUCGGCCCCAAGUAUGCGUGCAUCGUGCUGCUGUUGAGUGACCUUUCUUGCCGUGGUGAUCCCAUGCUGCAGCGUGAGGUGCUGUGUGCAGUGGUAUCUGGUGGUAUCUGGAUGUCACAGCCGUUCCGAGCCUACUCACAAGCGUGCCCCGGGGAGAUCCCUGACGUGGGAACAGACAUCAUCUGCCCUCUCAUCCACGUUUACCGCUCCUACGGUGUUCAGAUCGUCAAGGGUUACACCUUCGGCCGCGUGGACGUGGUGCGAACGAUGCACAGCCGCAUCGACAGUAUGAGGAUGACAGGAGUGUCGGAUUUUAAGCGGGGCAACGGAGUGAUCCGAGUGAUGCUGUCGGGGUAUGGGCCGCUGCUGGUGCGCGCAUACGUCUACAUCACCAACAAUGAGAUCUAUGGCGCCUACCUGCCAGUGAUGUUUCAGUUGGGAGUGGUGGGAGCAGUGUUUAAAAACAACUACGUGCAUGACUAUGUGUGGGCCGCCAUCGUGUGUGGCAACAUGGUGCACUCACAGGGCGAUUGCAUGCUAACUUCAAUCUCAAACAACCUUGUUGUGGCCAAGGGCCGGAACCUGACAGGGGGUGGUGACGCGACAGGGAUAUACUACGUAACGCACUGGAAUAACCCGGGUAAUUUGGCGGAGUGCAACUACAUAAUCGGGGGUGACCACUGCUACUACCUGGACUAUGCCAGCUCGGGUGUGACUAUACGCGGAGGGGCUUGUAUCGGGACGGUGGAUGGCAUGAAGGUUAACAACGGGAAAUGGAACCUCAUUCAGCACGUGGUGAUGAAGGGCACGGAGGGCACGCCGGGGUGGUGCGCGUGCCUCACUGCCACCAUCUGCAAUUGCCUCAAGGACCCGGGCAACUACUGGGACCGCAUGCGAGCCAAGUACUACAGCACUGCCGUGUUUCAGCAG